AACUAACUUAUCACAUUUCUGCCCAUUGUAUUAAAUUUUCGCUCUUCGAUUUCAACAUAUAAAUAAUACAGAUAAAAUGCACAUUACAUAGACAUAUGCGUGCAGACGACUGUGUGACAACAAAGCUAGCUUCGGAGUUUUCUCUCUUCUGCUGAAAAAAUGAAGAAGAUCGGUCUAGCUUUUGUUCUGUGUGUUUUGUUGGCGGAGGGAAUAGCUGCAGAUGACCAUGGUACAUGCGCCAGUUCACCUGAUUGUCAGCUUUUCCCAAACCAAGACGCAGGCUUGGUCACACUUCAAGACCUGUCACAGAAAGUUGCGGGGCAACAUUGGAUAAUGCUUUAUUACUCGGAAUUCUCUGACAAACAAACCAUCGGAAAAUGUAACUUUAGAUGGAACGCUCCAGAUUCAGAACAGAACAUUAGAAGGGAGUUAAUGUGCUAUAAUAGACGGAAGAAGGACUGUUCAGACACUGGACAAAUAGUCACACGAAAAGUUGAUAAGUGCAGCAGAGGAAUGGAGAACAAUGCAACGAGCGUAAGAAUGGAAGGAAAGUUUUACAGUCAGAAUAUCGACCAGUAUUUUUGGUACGACAACUGCUGCGGAUACAACGACGCUGACGAAUGCACACAUCGCUAUCUAGAUCUCCUUGUCAGCAAGGACUUAUACCCUGAUUCUGUCGACGGUGAGCUUGACCUACAAGGACUUCCCUGGCAUCAUAUCGCUGCUGACCUUAAGAACCACUUUGAUAUGGAUUUCUCAGAUACGAGAAUAAAGUUUGCUUGGAAGGGACCAGACUGUGGAUUUGACGGGAAGAUCAAAACAAGCGGUGCGAGUCACGGAGAAUUGAAUUUCAUUGUAGUUGUUAUGUCCAUGUUAACAUUCAUGAUAUAAAAUACGAUGCAUAAUCAUGUAAUACGUAAAUUCUUUAACUUAGCUUAAAGCGAAUACUCAAUAAAACAAGAGCUAUAUUCGCUUAGUAGAAUUCCACACACUAAUCCUUUAAUGGAACAAGAGUUGUUUGUUUUUUUUGUCAACUUUACAUGUUUCUCACAAAAGAUUUUGUUCUACCAAAGGCUAGUUAGACUGUGAAUUUUAUGUGGUGUUAUUAAUAUUUAUGAUAUCGGUACAUGGCUAAAUCAAGUUUAUUUAUAGAGUAUAAUUGGCAUAGAAUGUCUUUACUAAUACACUAUUACUGUUAGAAAUGCAAAACAUUACUUCACUGAUGAUGGUCAUAUGAUAUGACCUGAACACACUGUGAUGGAAUGGUUAUGUGUUAUGUGUUGAGUAAAUAAUUUACGUAUUUUGACAAGCCCAGUUGCUAUAUCAUUACAAAAUCUGUAAUAUUGUUAUCAUAGAUUGUAUUACUAAAAAAAAUAUAUUCUUGUAAAAUGUUAACCUAACAUUGUAGGGAUAAAGUCGUUUUUUAAAAUGUUUGACGCAAGGAUAAGCAUGUUUGUAAUAACGUAUCUAUCUAUACUUCACUUAAACCAUGUUUAUAUAUAGAGAGAUAUGUUAAGAUAAUGCCAAAACUUCGUAUUUGGCCUGAAUAUUUAACCCUUAGCCUGCUGCAGGCGAUUUUAACAGCCUUUGCAAACAGCUUGGAACCAGAUCAGACGCCGAUUAAAUCGGCGUCUGAUCAGGUUCCAAGCUGUUUGCUACUCUGACAAUAUUUCUUCCAAUUUUGGAGCAAAUUGAAUGAACUUUACAAUUUUAGCAGACGACAUUUCCAGCAGACGACAAUUUAUCUAGCAUGCUAAAGGUUAAAGAAAUUGAAGACUUUAUCUACGUAUUGCAAAUAAAUGGAGCAGCAAAAUUGUUAGAUUGCACAAUGGAGAUAACGGUUAUACAAAAAAGCUUUUGAAUUAUCCUUGCUUAAUAUGAGUGUGAAGAAAAUGUCAUUUUAAUGCAAAACAAAACUAAUAUUUCAUUGUCCCCCGCAUUUUCAAUAUAUUAGCAUAAUUGUGAUAUUCAAGAGAAAAUAUUGUGUAUAUUUUAUAUGUUUUUAUAUUGCAUUUAUUUUAUUUUGUAAUUAAUACUGAUGUUUAGUUCCUCUCAGGAGCAGGAGUUACAGCCGAAAACGCGCACGUCGGUUAUCUGUUAAAAUGCAAACUCUGGAAAAAAAUAAAGAGAAGUUACAUUAUAUAGUGAAAAUAUGUGGCUAAAAAAAGGGAGCUAAAUAAAUGACAUAAAAUUAAAACUGCUUUUCACUAUUGACAUGUCAGUAGAGAAGAAUAUACUGAGUCAAUUUCACCGAAGAUAUAAAUUGUGAUAUUAGUACUAAAUUACUUACCUCGUUUCACGCAUGGAAUAUUUCGAAAUUUAACGUUAAAGUUAUAAAUGAAGUAUGUUAUCAAAUAUUAUUUCAGAUAUUCACUAUAACAUUUUGACAGAACGUAAAAUGUCUUGCGCUUUUAAAGUCGCUCAACUGUAGAAGUCAGUCGAAGUGUAUUUGAACAUGGUCUUAUUCUGAGUCUUGUUCAAAAUGUUAUAUCUAGGAAACAUACGAAGUAUGGCUUUAUAAGUUAUGAAACUCCUUAAGAUUGAAAACUUAAGAAAAUGAAGGACCAAGUGAAUAUCGUUCAGGUAUGAAGCAAACUUGUUUUGUGAAGACUGCAAAGAAAAAAGUUUGUAUUACUAUCUGAACGAACAAAGAACUUUCAAUUGCUUGUCAACAGUCUUAUUCUGUUUCGAAAUUGUUUUGCUAAAUGUAUUUUUAUCAUAAAAUAAUUAAUAAAAAAUAUUCCAUUAGUA